ACGUCAUGGGUCAAUAGAAUGCAAAUAAAUUUAGGCCUGAUAAAUAAAGGCGCCUUCUGACAAGCAAAUCAAUCGGCUUUCCACACUCCAAGUUUAAUCAGUGUAUUGCUCCUCAUAUAACGCGGCCAGGAGCCCAUUUCGCCUUGAAAUUGAACCAAUCACCGUGUGAUUCAUUUGACUGAUUUGAUUGUGCUUUUCAUUCCACAUGAGUUGUUGUUUUGUUUAAUGUGAGUUGUUAGGACGUGAUAUUGUGCGUUAUUCGGUGUAGAAAGAUUACAUAAGUUCCGUAAAUGAGUAAAAUCGUUCUCCCAUACCUGUCACCUCACCACUUGCGGUGAUAACAACAUAAAAGGUAGGGCUGAUUGCCCGAAUUUAAACAGAAUUGCUAUCUGAUCUCUUUCUGGCCCUGGAAUGCACACUUUUAGUGGAUAUUGAUUGUAACCGCUGUAUGCUAUUGGCUAUGGCCUCAGAUAAUAAUAAUUUUUGCUUUGUUAUGAGGCAUUAUCUUGUAUACUCUAGUGCAUUCAUGAGUCAUUUUUUAACCACUUUUGACACUUUGCCAAAGCAAAUUUUGAGAUAAAUCCUCCUGGUCAGAGUACAGGAAAUCGUACCUACCCUUCAAAGAGGGUUUCCAGCUUCCGUGCUUUUUUUGACAACGAGCCAGACAAUAAGCAUUAGGCGUGACGGUCAACAUAUAGCCACACACGUGACCUGUAAUGUUUUUUCAGUAUCAUAUUUUUAAAUUAUUUUUUAAUGACAGAUUGCACAGUCCCUGACGGUUUACAGCAGCUAGUCUCACACACGACACAGACGACAUAAGGAGCAGUCACUGAUCGAAGAUCUGUGGAUAAUGACAAAAUUUGCGCUAAAUGAACUUGGAAGAUACAUCGUUGCAGUAAGUAUGGGGCACUCUGAUUCAACACUAUUCAGCGUGCGUACCAGCCGGCGUACCUCGGUUGCCAACUAGAUUAGCAAUUUCCUGACUCGAAGGACAAUUUACAAUUCAUUUUGGCUAUUAAACUCAAUUUUAAAAUCCUUAAUUUUAUUUUUGUAGGUAGCUAUCUUAUUGCACGGAGUAAUGAUUUAAAAUCUCUUUGUCACAGAAUGGCAUAUGAAGGCAUAAUCUGAUACUGCAGGAGGCAAUAGGUCGAACGCCCUCUUUGUUUUUCGUCUUUUAUUUCAUGCAGAGUUUGACCACGUAUUUUACUGCUCUUUUUGAUGAUUAAACUGGAGAGUAAACAGUGAAUAUGUGCUGAAUUAUUGCGUAAAACCCUAGAGCGAUCAAUAUCAUUAUAAUCUUUCGUUCCUCUAGUAGUUUCGGAUUUAAAUUAUAACGAACGUAAGUCCGCUUUCAAUGUGGCCUUCAUUUAAAACUACUCUCUUAGCUUAAGACAUGUUAAGACACCACAGUGUGAACCAUAAAAGCAUUCCUUUCCCAGACGCAGCUUGGCAGGGAAUGAAGGAACUGUUAUGCGUUUUUUAAAUACGCUUUUCGCUUUUAUUCACUGCCCAUAUAUGAAGAAACUACAAAGGACUUGUUAUACUAUUGUUACUUGUCUGCGACGCUAUUCAUGAUCUGUUCAGGGGACAUCAUGGGGACCAAGGCACAGAUAUCCCUGAGUGGAGGUUGGCUGGGGUUUGUUAAUAAUUCACCAACAAAUAAUAUAUGUAACUUUUUUAUUCAGCCUUGGAAUCUGCUGCAGUUGUUAUUUCAAGCAGCUACAUAAUGUAUUAAAAUCAUAUACAUAUCUCUGCGAUAUUUUGUAUUGUAUUCCCACAAGUGCAGUAUAUCAAUUGACCAGUCCAGAAAUGCCAUAACAUACCGUAAUGCUCUUUGUUUGUCACUCCAAAAUAUUGCAUAAGCAUUUGGCCCCAAGAGAAAAUGAAAACAAUGCUUAUGCAAAAUUUGGGGUGACAAACAAAGAGCAUUAUGGUAUGUUAUGGUAUUUUUUGGAGGGGUCCAUUGAAGUGAGAUAGUUUACCGUUAUGUUGUGAAAGCUGUCGUCAUUGUGACGAGUGCACACUUGAGCGUAACAAUGAUUUUUGUAGUCAGACAGUUUUAAGCUGAGGAGACUCCUCUGAAUUCUGGACCUAGAAAUAGGGUCCCUUUCCCCGCCUGAAUACUGGUGUCCUUUCAAUUGAGGUAACAGAUACAAUGAUUAUGUGAACAUUUGUUUUUGCGCACCAAAUUUUGUGUCCCGUCAAUGUAAGUGUCCCCUGAGGCAGGAGGUGUCCCAAAGAGGAGGUUCCGGUGUAUCUCAACUUAACCUGCCAUGGGUGUUUGUUUUUUAAGAGCAGGAAAAACGCUUUCCUACAUUCUAAAUACAAUUUGAUAAUAAAUGAUGGGUUACGCUAUUUGAUAAAAUAACUAAAGGUAGUACGCGCGUUCUGAUUGGUUAAAAACCUAUGGUUUAUUGUGGCGGUAAACUCAUAGAAAUCUGAAACACGACUCCCUUUUACUCAGUUAUUUUAUUCAAGCAAUAGACCACAUGGGUUUACCGGAGUGAUAACCCACGCGGGAUGUUGGGAGAACACGAGAAAUGCUUGUAAAUCACGAGCCGAAGGCGAGCGAUUAGGUUUCUCACUCAGAAUCACGUCCCUAUUUAGUCUUAGUGUUCUUAUGACAGCGUAUUUUUGCAUUUGAUUUUGUAGCUGGCAUGGAUGACAAUCAACACAUACUUAUUUGUAAGCAGUUUCAUAGACCUUAAUACCGCGAAAAAAAACUUUUACCUUCGAGUUAUUGUCAAGGUAAGUGCUUUUUGUAUUCACCAUCUAAUAGAGAUCAUGCAGUGUUCACUUAUGGAAAAAUCUAGAUUCGAAUCAGAUCUGGGAACCCCGUGGUUUGUUUUUGGAACAACAGGAUCUGAAUGUCUUUCUUAAGACUUCCGCCUCUGAUCUUAACAUUCCAGAGUAGCGCUUACCCUUCUUUUGUGUUGUUUCACAAAUUCUGUUAUUUAAACGGAAGAAUCGACAGAGAUACCACUACCAAUACAUUCUGUAGCGAGCACCGAUUGAAAUGUAGUGGUUUUCCUUUUACUUUAUUCUAACAGGAUGGUUUGGCUUGGGCUCGUGCGUCUGCCGCUGUGCUAAAUUUCAACUGCAUGCUGAUUCUUUUGACCAUGUGUAGAAAUCUUCUCUCAUCUAUUAGAGGCCUGGGGGUGAGUGAUACUGAGCAGUGAUAUCAGUGAUAACAUAAACUUUGUUUGAUCGUAAAUGAUAUCAAAACUCUGCAAGAUGAGAAAACAAUUUUUUUUUUAUAGAGGACUUCAUUGUUACCGAAUCUAUACGGAUUCAAAAGCGAGUAAUCAUCCUCUAUUGAAUUCAGAUUCCUUUCUCGGAAGCAUGUUUCUUAGUGCUCGAUAGUUGAACCAAUAUACAGUCGGCUUUAGCUCCGGAUAUUAUAGUCCAUCGUGGACUAGCCUUAACAAUGCUUCGCUCCCCAUAGCUCUAUUUUGUUAAAAACGAAGGAAGAAUUGCCUGGUCGCCAAAAUUUAGUUCCAGUAUGAUUUAGAUUUUAUUGUUGAGAACUUGUCCAGCUGGAGGUUGCAGAUUUGCCAAGAUUAAAGGAAACUGAAAGUUGUUCAGCCGUCAAUGAAACAUUUACGUUUCAAUAAUAUGUAGAUGGCAGAGAGUGAAAUUGCUAGAAGAACAAUUAGUAUCAAGUUAUGUAUAUUUAACUAAAAAAAGUUUUUUCUGUUUGUUACGUUGAUUGUAGUGUGGGCACAGUGUUUUGCGUUUACUGGACAAGCACGUCACUUUCCACAAGUAUAUUGCAUAUAUGAUAUGUCUUCAAACAGGUUUGUACGACACUACGAAGCCAACAUUGAUGUAAUAUAUCAAACAUGAGACGCAGUGUUUCAUCACCAGAUGAAACACCGAGAAGAGAGUUGAAAAUACGACGCGCAGCGGAGUAUUUUUGGCGAACUUCGAGGUUUUUCAUCUGGUGAUGAAACACUGACUCAAACAAAAUCAUUUGUGAAGGAGAAAUUAAGGAUGCAAAAAUGAGCAGUUUUUCAUCUGAUAUCCAAACACUCAUUAAACAUUAAUUUCCUUUGAAUUUUCUUUAUGAAUUAUUAAUGAGUUUGAGAAUGAUAGUUCCAAAAUUUUGUUUCAUCCAACCCCCUACGGUGGCCAACCAACUUAAUCAACUUAGUUGAAACAUUUUUUUAUUUUUUGUUUUUGAAAUUUUACUGCUCUACCGAUGCAACAGCAGAUUUUUCUUGGAAACUAACCCGUUCAUUUGCCAGGUGAUUUACUGAUUGAGUAGAGAGUUAAGUUAAUAUAGUUAGCUGGUUUAUAGAGGCUGCGUGCUGGCAUUGUCAGUUCCCGGGCUGAUCAUGAAACAUCAUUAAUUCUUGUCCACAGCUAUCCAUAUAGUAGCUCAUGUUUUCAACGUGGAGUUUUUCAUUUCAUCAUACGAGAGCGAUGAUCUUCUUGUCCAGAGGUUGAACAUGUUUGAAGAUAGUGUUAACGAUACUUAUCUUAACCCCAUAAGAGAGCCAAACGCGGUAAGUAAGACGUUCUUAUUCUUACUCACUCAGUGUACUGGUGAUCGCUGUAGUCCGCCUGACGUACCUUAUUGCUUGUUUGUUUGUUCUUUUUUGUGGUACUCAUACUUACUGUCGUUUGAAUUUAAAAAGUUUUUACUGACUUUUCGUUAGGUUCCAGUUGUGGUGCUGUGGAAACUUGGUAGGGUUCUUUUAUUUAGUUGUUUUGACAUUAAUUACAAAGUAGAGGCAAAGGACACUGCUUCCGUUGUUUAACCUUGCCUACAAGUUCUUUUUUUUCCUCAAAUACGAGACGCACAUUAUAAUUUUUAUGUCUCUAAACAAGUUUUUGUAUUGUUACAAGAGAAUGAACUCAGUGGUUUUGUGGCGUCUGUUAUAUUUUUUUCGUUGGGAGUGGUCGGAGAAGGGCGCUUUUUUUCAGCGUUUUAUUACAAGAACGGGAAAGAAGAUCAACUCCUCAUACUUUCCUUUCAAUAUAUUUCGGCAGUUAUUAUUUUGGACAUAGAGUUUUAUUAAUGGUUAGCCCUUUCAUGUCGACUCGGGACUCAAAUAUUUUUGAGGAGUGUUCCGUUCUUCAUAAAAGAUGCGGCAAUAAGCUGACGCUUAUUGAAAGAAAAAAAAUCUAGUCAACUCGCUUUUUAAAAUCUGGUCUAUCUGAAUUUAUUUGCGGCCCCAGAAAACUGAUUAUUUUUUCUUGUUGUUGCACAAUUACUCUUUAUCUUGACUUAGCGAUAGGUCUAGCUUGACAAGGACUCUUAGUGGACGAGUAAAUUGAUUAAAUGUUCCAUUUACAUUUCAGCUUCUGGUGUAACGGGAGCUGUGAUCACUCUUUGCCUUAUUUUGAUGGUAUGUAUGAAAAUGUUCUGCAGUUAAAGUAAAGCAUGUACCGGCUACAACCAAAUAUUUAAUUGGCUCACAUAACCGUUAUAAUUCCCCCAGUACCCAAACUCUCACAUGUUUAUUUUGAGCGUAACCGCGUGUCACUUGUAAAUCUUACACAUGGUGAAUAUUGCAGUAGCGAAGCGAAAAACUGUACAAUCAGUUUAUCAGAAUCCUAUUACUUAAUAUACACUUCUUUAGCUUAUCUUGAGAUUGACUGCGUUUUUCACGUGGAUAUGAACGAAUAAUUUACAUGACACACGUUGGGAAACAAAACAUCAAGCUAAACACAAAAAAUCCGUUAUUAGAUCAGAUUGGCUAAAAGACAGCGUACCACAUCUCAUCACUCUAGCUGGUUUCGUGCUACUUUGGCUUGCGCGAUAUUAAAUGACUCCAUCAAAGGGAAGAGUGUUGUUCUUUGAGGAAAUCAUUAUUUUAAAAACCCAGGCUGGUGCAGCGGUAUUGUUAUAAUUUCCGAUUGUUUUGUUGUUGAUAUGUCUUACGAUACAUCUCAAUAGGUAGGGUACGUCAAAAACUAGACGUCAAUAAGACUAAGUAUUUAAUAAAUGGUUCCUUAAAUGAAAAGUAACGCCUGUUACGCUGGAUUGUAGAAGACUGAUUGGUGUUUAAAGCCGUCACGAAUGUUGGAUUUUGUUCGUUCCAACUUUUCCAAUAACAAAUAUAGAAAAAGAGAGGCGGCCCCCCAAAAAUGAAGCGGGCGGGAACGAGAAACAUGUAGUUUUUUUUUUAACUUGGCACAAAAAUAAAAUUACUCUGUAAAGUUCAUGAAGGUCAUAAAGUUGUCGCGUUAAACUGGUUAUGGGCCAUUAACACUCUCCAAUCAGUCAAUGAGCUUUUUCAUACAAGCACAACUGGAAAAUAUCACGAAAAUGCACUCGAUCUCUAAGCGGGUAGACCGGGAAACUAAUGAACCGGCAAACAGAAAGUUGCACUGUCGUCUUUUAAUUAACCUAAUCUAGCCACGUUCAAACAAAGUAACAUUGAACCUACAAAAGUUUGUGUCCCGUAAUUCUCAGGGAAGAGUUAAAAAUCUGUUAGUAUGUUUAUUUUAUACACAUCAGUCACAUUUCGUAACCUUGAGCGACCGUGCUAAUCAUGAGACCUUACCAAACGAGUGUUGCCUUUGGGAUUAGAAGUACAAAUUGAGAUUGUUUUACCAGGCAUGACANGCAAACAGAAAGUUGCACUGUCGUCUUUUAAUUAACCUAAUCUAGCCACGUUCAAACAAAGUAACAUUGAACCUACAAAAGUUUGUGUCCCGUAAUUCUCAGGGAAGAGUUAAAAAUCUGUUAGUAUGUUUAUUUUAUACACAUCAGUCACAUUUCGUAACCUUGAGCGACCGUGCUAAUCAUGAGACCUUACCAAACGAGUGUUGCCUUUGGGAUUAGAAGUACAAAUUGAGAUUGUUUUACCAGGCAUGACAGGCAUGUAUUACGUAGAUUUGCUUGUCUCGUUCACUGUGUGACGCCAAAAGGGGCCGAAUUUACGGCAGACAUCUGUUCUUUAAAAGUAUGUUAUGUUUAUUGUCAAACACUUUUAUCAUAAGCCCGUGGCUCGGGGGAUUGGGAGACCACCCCCUGUGUAUCUGACAUUAAAUAAAUUAUCUUAUCUUAUCUUAGGAUCCUUAACAAAAGUCUAUGUAAAUGUUUACAGUUUAGUACCCAUGUACGGUCAACUGGUCAGCCUUUGUGAAUGCCCUGCAGUGCGUUUAAAUACUGAAAUAAGUCAUUUCAUUUCAACUCUGCUUGCUCUCAUUCUUGAAUACCACUUACAUGUGUAACAUUGAUUCAUUCCCAUCACAAAGUUUUGAAUGCGAUCGAGCAUUGCUUUCCUAAUUCAGUUGAAAAUUGACCGAAUUGACUGGAUUAGAAGUCUUAAAGGACUUUUGAAUUAACCUAGGAAGGAUUCGCCCGAUCGCAUUUAAAGCUCCGUGAUCAGAAUAAACGCUUGGUUAGCUUGCCACCUAGUGAGCCGGUGAUAAGUGCUGUUUAAGCACGUCACCAAGUUCUGUAAAGGGUGUGAGACAGCGAAAAUUCAAGACCUAGUUCAGCAAAGGGCUAAUUGGAAAAAGUUAAGGGUUCAUUUUGCAUUCAUUGUUGUUGAUCACCUAAUGCACGAGAAAAUGUUUAACAAAUUCAACCACUGUGUAAUUUUAGAAAAAAAAGUCGAUAAAAGUGUUAUACCAUUAACCUAGUUUUUGAACCGAUGUCCCACUGUUUUCAUUAAAUUAUCUCAUGGUCCAUUGUCCUUGUUUCAGUUGUAGCCAUAACACACUUGCUCUUUAGGCGGCCGCCAUUUCCGACUGAGUUAUCUUUAGUCCCCGGCCUGUGUAGCCUCCCCGCAGACGUCCGUUGGGGUUCGUUUGUUGUCACGCAUUCAUUUCUCCCCACGGAGAGAGUCCGUGGGGAGAAAUGAAUGCGUGACAACAAACGAGCCCCUACGGACGUCUGCGGGGAGGCUACGGCCUGUGCUACUGCUGUGAUUUCCUUUACGUUCAGUGAAGAUUACUGGGGCAACCACCAUCGGUAAAUUCAACCAUGAUUCAGUCAUUAGAGAGAUAGUUCAAUUUCACAUCCAUACACCUCUUCACUAAACAUAUGGAGCACUUGCAAUUAGUUUGUAGCCGGCAAUGAACCGAAAACACUCAAUUUUUCAUAACUUACAGUUAUGCGUUUUAGACACUUGAAAAUUGGAUACGUGUAUAUAAAAAUAUUAAACAUGAAAUACCUUAUUUCUUUUAUUUGUUCUCAGGUUUCUUCAUCGACAGAACUUAUAAGGUACAUACUAAUUAUUUCAUCAGUGGUUCAGCUUUGUUAGCCUCGUUAGAAACUGAGAUGAGUUUUACUCUUGUUUUUGUUGGCUGUGUUGUAACCAAACCAAAAAUAAUAAGCAUAGAGUUAGCUCCUCAUUUCAAUCCAACGCUAGGUAUCCAGGCCAGCAUCUGUACUGAAAUCGCGAUGCGAAUCAGUGUAUCUUAAAAAUCAAUUGUGCUUGGCUUGUAUAACCUGUAAGAAAGAAUGGUUUGGAAUGGUGUUGAAACAGUAAAACUAUGUACUAAUCUCCAGUUGUUUUUCCUUAGGCGGUCAUAUUUUGAGGUUUUUUGGUACAGCCAUCACCUUUUUGUCAUCUUUUAUAUUGGACUGAUUCUUCAUGGUAUAGAGUAAGUAGUGAAGAUUAACAAAACGAAUCUUUUAAAUAUACAAAAAAAAGAAAAGAAAAAGAAAAAACGGCGAGUUUAUAGCUAUACUAUGCUUCGUGAAAUCCUGCAAAUUACAUACCAACGCCCACCCCUCAUUAAAACAUAAAAUGAGACUGGAUAUAACAUUUAACGACUUUUUUGGUAUCAAAAAACCGGAACGAUGGAAAGGAGAGUUUACCAUCUUGUUAUUGAGUAAUUUAAUACUGACUUAGAGAAUGCACAAGUUCUUUUGUUAGUAUUCACAUAUAAAACAUAUCAAAAACAAACAAAGGGACCGAAAAUCUGCAAAAAGCAUCCCCAAACUUUGUAGUUUACUUUUUUCUCGGUGGUGAAUCCACGACUCGUUUAUUAGGGAAUUCCAAACUUUCACCCUUCUUCACCGUUCACUUGUUUUCCAGUAAAUCUCAUUACACAUUACAGGCAAAUUUGUUGAUGUCCUUGAGCCAGCUCAGGAGUGUUCUAUACUAGCAAUCAGUUUCAAAGCUCUUUAGACCCGCAGCUAUUCAAAAUAGAUAAUGAUCUGAUAGCUUCAUUAACGGGGAUGGAGUGGCUUACAGUCCCGGAAGGGUCUCCUCCCUGGAUCCGUUACUGUUGCUUGCACAUGGCUUCUUAUUCAAGGCGUAACCAACAAGUCCCUGAUUUUGUGUUUUUUAGGGGUAUUGUCCGGUUUCAGUCAAACGUAGAAGACCAUGACCCAGAAGAGUGCUCCAAGAACGUGACCGAGUGGAGAAAUACACCUCAGUGCUCUACUCCUCCUCACUUUGUCCCCUUUGGAAUGAAUGUAAGUUUUAACUUCUAAUCAGAAUGUUCCAACACUGCCGCUCACUCUGCCGCUCCGUUAUUGAUCACUGCGCAUGCCCGCUUAUUCGUCUUAUUCAUGUUUCGUUUUACUUUGCAGACGUGGAAGUGGGUGGUUGGGCCUAUUUUCUUGUACCUCAUCGAAAGAUUUAUCAGGUUUUAUCGCUCAUUCCAGGCGGUUAAAAUAAUAAAGGUAAGAUAUUAGCCACUUGCCUGCAGUAUUAAAAGGAUUUGUGUCUUUACCGCUUUACAGCUGGUUUUGUGACUCUUGCCUAACUUUUCUCCUUUCGCUUUGUUUCGCUACUGUAACAAAUUUCCUUUCAUCCGUAAAGUAAACUAUUCUGUAAUAAAUAAUGUAAAGUUUAGAUACAAGACCAGUGCACUGAAAAAAACGGUGUACGAUCAUCAGUCUUGCUCAAUGUCGGAUCAAAAAGGAUCGCGAUCAGUCAAAAGUACUAAAAAGAGUACAUUUUUGUACAAAAGACAACUGCAAGGACUGAUCAAACAAAGUGAAGAGACGGUAGUUACAAUGAUUUCGCCGGAAUGGCCAAUAUAGAUAAGAAUACCAGUAUUCAUCAGGUUUCUUAGGAAGAUCACGAAUUUACAGAUGCAUGGAAGUGACGUAGUAUGGAUUUCACGCUACUUAAAAAAAAUAACGUGAGGUAAAGUGGAAUUUAGUGUGGCGAGAUGAAUCGAAAAGAGAGACUGAAAAUGCGGCAAGAGUGAAAAAGAAAACCUCGAAGACAUAAACAACGAAGUUAACAUAGUUAUGUAUCUGUUGUGACUGGUAUAGGUUGUUAAUCAUCCCUCUAAAGUUAUUGAAAUACAAAUGAAAAAGGCUGGAUUUCAUCACGAGGCUGGACAGGUAUGAUCUUUUCAGUUUCUCAUACUUUCAUUGAUUACCAGUCUAUAAGUUAGAAGAGUAGAAUUCUCCACCAGUUUCUUCAUUAUUUUAUUCUAUUCUGUUCAUUCAAUAAAGAAGCAACAAUAAUGUUGACGGUCUUAUGGUUUUUUGUUUUAGUACAUAUUCCUGAAGUGUCCAAAGCUUUCUCAUUUAGAAUGGCAUCCUUUCACCCUUACAUCGGUAAGUCGCGGACAGUAAGUUGCCUGAUGACUAAAGAGACUUUACACUAGUAAGCUUUCACUACUGCCACGGUUGCACAUCAUCAGCAACAAGAACAUAAUUUUUGUAGAAGGCACGUUUUUGGGCCUACAGGUAUUUAGUUAAGCAUAUACACUCAUCCUACACUUCAGGAAAACACUUCGCAUGAUUAGCAGUUGAAAUAGUGGCGGUCUGAACUUAUGCCGAAAGCAUAAAACUUUCUCGAUCUAGGACUGAAUGUCCCGUUAACAUUUAAAAUCUCAAAAUUGAAAUUCCGGUUGUAUUUUGCAGUUACUUUCAAUGAUUUUUAUUUUUUGCGUUAAUUGCAAAAGAAACCAAGGCUUGGACAAUCAGUUGUAAGCAUGAAAUAACUUUCUGAGUCGGAAAAGUAUCGCGACUUCAGGGGCGUAGCGUGACAUUUUGAAGGUGUACUCACAGGGGGAAGAAACGUUGUAGCACGGAAGGUGGCCUAAUGUAGGGGGAUCUGUGGGCAUGUUCCCUCGGAAAAUGUUUCAAUUUAGGGUCUCGGAAAUGCCAUUUCCAGUGUUUUCCGCCGGACAUUUUGAGUAAAAAAUUGCUCAGUUGCUUAUUUUACCCAUCUCCUGUGUAGUCUGGAAGGUGCAUUGUUUACGGAAAAAAAGGCCAAUGGCCCCAUCAGAAUUAUGGAGUAAUGAAAGGUAAAAGAAAUAAUAACACAAAGACACCAAUAUAGUGCGGAAAAUGUACCAGUCAUCCCGAUAAAAUGAUGAAAAAGACUUUUUCAGGAGAUAAAGAACGAUUAACUUUUCCAAAUUUCAGCUGUACAUGUACGUAUCGCGUAUGUGCGUAUAUGGACGCUACGCUCCUGGACUUUAAAGAAUCGAGUCUCUGAAGACCGUUAAAACUCAUUAAUGUCGACAUAUAACUGGUAUGGCAAAUGAGACAGAUUCUCGUUUCUUGAACACAGAGCAAUAACGAUGUGAAGUGGACUUAAUUAAGUAACCACGAACGGCAAAAAUGAUUUGACAUGUCAGUUAAAUUGAUUGUUUCUUGGGGAUUUUUUUUCUUUUGUCAGGCGCCUGAGGACGAUUUUUUCUCUGUUCAUAUUCGUAUAGUUGGAGAUUGGACAGGUAAGGGUUAACAAUGUUUACAUAAAAAAAGGUUAAACGUCUAAGCUGCAGAUGUUGAAAGUGACCUGUUUAUUUAUUUUGUAUCGUUAGGAGGAUUGGCUAAAGAAUUUAAUGGAGAUGGAAAAGAAGCAAGAAGUCUUGCUGAUAUGCCAAGGUCGGUUAUGAAGAAGCCAUCAGUAGAAUUUUUGCUGCUUUUGCUCCAUGUCUCAGUUCUACCAAGCUUUUCAAAAUUUCUAGAGAGAAUUAUCUUUAAUCGAUUGUAUGUCUAUUUAACUAAUUUACAUAUUCUCUGUGAUAACCAGUUCGGCUUCAGAAAAAAACACUCUACGACGCUUGCCUUGAUUGAUUUGCAUGCAAAAAUAUCAUCUGUUAUCGAUCGUGGUGAAUUAUAGGUUGGUGUCUUUUUAGGUCUCUCGAAAGCUUUCGAUACAGUCAAUCAUUCCAUCUUACUUGUGCUCCUCGGAGAAGCACAAAUAUGGCGUCCUCAUAGUGAGCCCUAUAAAUUUGUGUUACUCAUUUUGAAGAACAACACAGCUACGGAAAACUGCACAGACAUAAGACUUGGCCACGUUGUCAAUUUAUCGAUAUUCUAUAUUAUCUGAAAUUCUUGGCUUCAGACAGGCGUUCCCCAAGGUUCUAUACUAGGGCCUUUUUUCUGCUCUUCAUCAACGAUACAGUGUAUCAACGCGUCAACAAUAUUUCAAUUGAUAUUAUUUGCCGAUGAUACAAACGUUUUUCUGUCUCACAAGGAUAAAGACUGCUUGAUCAGGUAAAAGAAACAGUUUUCUUGGGAGUAAUCAAGGAUGAAAAUUUAAAUUGGAAUUGUGAAAUCUCACAUGUCGCCAAUAAAGUUUCUAAAUCCAUAGGAAUUAUUCCUAAAUCCAAUUUCUAUUUAUCUACGAAACCUUUACGAACAUUUUAUUUUUCUAUAGUAUAUCCAUACUUUUUUUUACUGUAACUUAGUUUGGGCUUCAACUUACAGAACUAACCUUAUUCGUCUUGAGAUUUUACAGAAACGAGUGACCAGAACUAUAGCUAAAACUCCUUUCGAUGCACAUACUCAUGAUCCAAUCUUUCAAAAUCUAAAUAUCUUAAAAUUUCAUGAUAUAUACCUAAUACAACUAGGCUUAUUCAUGUACACCUAUCAAAACCAUACUUAACCUGUAAAAUUUCAUUUCAUUUCAUUUCCUUACAAAAUCAAAUUCAUUCGUAUAAUACAAGAAACUCUUGUAAAUUUCGUCUGCCUUUCUGUCGAGCUCGAAUCAAACAAUUUUCGGUAUUUUAUCAAGGACCUAAAUUUUAUAACAACUUAAACACCAACAUCAUCAACUCUUCCUCCCCUUUUUCCUUUAAAAGAUCACUUAAUUUGUAAAAAUUAUUAGUAUACCCUAACAAAAAUCUCGGGGAAAAGCUGUUUAAUAUUCAACAUCUGUAAACUUCCUUAAUUUUGAUUGUUAUUUUAAUUUUCCAUCUAAUAAUAUUUUGUAUCCGUCGCCGUAAUUUUUAUGCCAUCUUUGAAAAAUUGUAAUUGAGGAGGCCUAAUUAACAUAACCUUCAUAGUUUCCUUUAGGCAUUUUCGGCAUUUCUUCGUACAUUUUUUGUAUCUUUUUGUAAUAAUCUUGUUAUAUGUGGCCAAUAAAUACAAAUAACAUAAAUAUUGGUAGUAUCCUAUUAUCCACAUUAGACGAAUUAAGUCCUUUAUUACUGUUCAGCUCAGCUAAUCUGCAAUAGCAUACAAUAAUGAUAAUGAUAAUUGCGUUGUUAAGGAAAUCGGCGUCCUGUAAAACUUAAUGAAAUCAGCAGUUCCGCCAGACGAACUUCAAAAGUAUUAGGAGAAGCAAUUUGCUGAAGAGAUUAAAUACUCUCUCACAUUCCACUUUCUUAAUGAUUUACCCCUAUUGUUAUAUUUUAUGAUUCGUAGACUUGCAGUCGAUGGCCCUUUUGGAACGGCAAGUUCGGUAAGUUCCAUUCAUGCUUGAGUCUUUUCGAAUAGCUUAAGGCAAAAUGUUGUCUUGUAUCCAACUGCCAUUAUAUUUAUGGCGCCUGUUAGCCGUUUCAAUCUAAAGUCACCGGAUUUCUUAUAAGAACUGAGUCUUUUUAUUUGUUUCCCACGUAAACGUAAAGCCUCCACCUCUGAACCCGCCACCUGUGCACCCGCACCCGCACCCGUCUUUGGCGGGAAUCCUGUAAAGACAUGCUUUAUUUUAUUUGAUGUUUUUUCUAUGUAUACUUUUAUGUAGGACGUGUUCAAGUACCCUGUGGUCAUGUGUAUCGGAGCGGGUAUUGGAGUGACACCUUUCGCUUCAGUUCUUAAGUCUAUAUGGUAAGUUAAUUGUCAUAAAAUUUUAAAAUAACAAAUAAAGAUGUCAAGUAGAAGAAAAUAUGGUUAUUAUUCGCUUUAUGUUUCAUCAAACCACCAUCAAGCGACUUUCGGGACAACAUAUGGCGCCUGUUAUAUUAAAGUUAAAUUUCGUUGUCUUCAGUUUCACCCAUUCAUCACUUACAAGGUGCUCAUUUAAUGCCAUAAAUGUAAUGGCGAUACAUUUGUUACCCAGGAAAGUAUUUAUGUGCAUUUGUUCAAUUCCUUUAUUUUUCCUUUAUUCCAUUCACGACUAUGGACUUUAACGUUUUAUCUUUGUCUCCAGGCAUCAGCAUAAUCAGAACACCGUUAAUCCAUUGGUGAAAAAGGUCUACUUUUUUUGGAUCUGCCCUGACACAAAUGCCUUUGAAUGGUUCACAGAUCUUCUACAGUACUUAGAAGACAGGGUAAGUUCGAUUGCAACCAUGAAAUUUUAAUAAACUCAUUUUUUCAGUAAUUAGCAAAAUCUUGAAUUAUUAUACAAAGUGCCACCUUAUGGUUGCUGAUAUUUAUUUACUUAAUCUGUACCCAGGUGUUAAGAUGGGUAUUGUUACUAAUCACACUUCAGCAUUUAUAACUCGCUUAAACUUUAUGUUUGUUUGUUUAUUUGUUUAUUAGAUGGUUGCUUCUGGAAAUGCAGACUUUUUGGAAUACAACAUUUACCUUACCCGAGGAUGGGGUCCAAAUAUGGUGAGCAGUGUAAUUUACUAAAAAAAAAUUUUGUUGUAUGAAGAGGUGGUAAACAUAGUACACCACGGAAGAAUAUAAGAGUAUUUUAGUUUGUUUUAAACUUAUGUGGAGUUUUCCGUGUAACUUACUAGUAUACGUUGCAUUUCUGCAGCCAGAAAAUUGUUAUUUAGAGGUUUGUUUUUUAGCUUCUAAAUCAUUUUGCUCUCUCUGAACAGGCACGCACCAUUUUUCUGCGCGAGGACGAAGAGGAAGAUAUCAUUACAGGUUUGCAGCAGAAGACAAAAUAUGGGCGGCCUGAAUGGAAAGGAAUUUUUAGCCAAAUCGCCAGGAAUCACCCAAGGUUAGUGUUAUAAUAAGCCGGACUUACUGGUUUCUUUUCCUCACCUUUCAAGAGACGGUGGUGUGGUAGCCUCCCAAGAAGACUGCGUUCUUUUGGCUCGUCACGCAUAUUCCGUUCGUGCAUGAGGCUGGAACGCGCCCUUGGCAACAGUGAAAACAGUGCCAAGGUGUGGGUUUCAUAGGCCAUGUUGCACUAGUUGAUACUCGUUGCCUCUGAGUAAUAAAGAAUAAUUUAGUUAUUUCAUUUCUUACAACGUGCAAAUUCGCAUAUGUAUAUGAUCAAAUGAGUUCAGCUCUUCGACCAUAUUUGUAAAUAACUAUCCAGUUGCGGCCGACCGACUGAGAUUUAUUGAUAUGUUCCUUCAGCGUAUACAUAAGGACCCACGCAGUACUUAACCUGUUUCUGGUUAAUUUGCAGAACCAACAUCGGGGUAUUUUUCUGUGGACCAGCUGUCCUCUCUCAUCAACUCCACAAGGAAGCUAAUGAGCACAGUAACGAUGCUGAGGGUGUUAAAUUCUUCUACAACAAGGAGAACUUUUAAGUUAAAAAAACUUUCUAAUUUAUUGUCUGUUCUAGUAUUAAUGCCUUGCAAUUAAAUACAAGUAGAAUCUUUGGUUUUCGGUUUAUAUAUAAAGUGUAAACAAGAAGAUACGUUUGUAACAUGAAACUUAUAUAUUUUUUGUGUAAAUAUUCAGUUCCUGGUAUAAACGCUAAGGAUCACAUAGAAUCAGUGUUGUGUUGCUAGCGGUGUCGCCCAGGCAGAAAACGAGUUGCCGUUUGCUCUUUAGGUGAACGUUGUUUGGCGGCUCAGUUGAAAGAAAUAUAAAUAUUUUUAAAUACCUCCUCUUGUGAAGAACGAUCAGCUGGUUGAUUUGUGUUUAUAUCAUUGCCACUUUUUGUCCAAUAAUCAAGAUCGUUUGGGCAGCGGUCCAAUAUGAAACGAUAUUCUCUGAUCUAAUUGGAAGAUACGAAACAUAUUCACAGGAGCUAGUGUGGUGUAGACCUUCAACAGCAAAUAAAAAACUUCUGCACUUCAGUGAUAAAGUAUUAGUAAAUGUAACGAUCAUCUCGUUAAAUUGAUUAUUUUACACCCUUGCAAGACAACUUUUGUGAGGAAGGUUGGCUAUGUGUUAUUUGUUCUUUGCCUUCUCUUUACUUACAUGUAAAUCUCAUUAAAAUAAUACAUUAAAAAAGAAAAGAAAAAGAAAUGGAUGUAAAUCUCAGUAAAAUAAUACAUUAAA